UCAUAAUCAUCUUUAUAAGGCAAGUUUCCUCAUUCAAUAAAAGGUUACCAUACAUUGGAGUUGAUUUAUUGUUUCAUCCAAAAAUUUUCAAUGCAAUUUUCAGUGACUAUUAGUUUACAUUAAUGACCAUUUAACUUUCAUAUAAGACCAAUUCCUUAAUCGAUUGUAUGGACUCUAUCACAAUAUAAUGAUUGUAAAUAGUGUAAUUUGUCAUUCCUUGUGAAGAUGAUGAGGCUAAAUAGUAUUACAUGUUGUUGAGUGGAUCGUUUGGUGAAUACAGAUAAAUAACUUUACAAAGAUUAACAACGGAAGAAUCUGCUAAAUAAUCAAAUCACUAGAAAGUUGAUCAAAAUGAUAAGUUGAUUGUCAAACACUUUGCCUUUCCGCUGAUAAUGGUUUCUUCAUUAACUAAGAUCAGUCAGCCAGUUUAGUGUUAUUUUUGAAUUCAACUCUGCAUCAGAUUGGAUUGCAAGUCAACUUGAUUUAGAUUUGUUUUUCUGUUUUGUGUACUUUUUAUGGUCAAAUCUUCCAAUUUAUUGUAUGGUCCUUAAGUCAAUCGUCGCGAGUUGACCAGUUUAUUCAAGCUUGUAUUGAGAUUCGAGAUUCCGUCGCUCUAAUAUUUUUGGAUAAUUGGCGUUCCAUAAAGAUAUAAUUUAUUUAUAUUCAUCUGUUAACCUUUCUUCUUCGAUUAGUAUUAUUUAAUUGUCAAUCAUGGCCUCUGUUAAGCUUGUAAUCUUAAUUAUUUCAUUAUUUUCUUUCGUGAAUUCUCAAAAGUCAUACUUUUUCAAUCGACCUCAGCAAAAGCGUCUUCAAUACUUUGAUGAUUAUUUGAUGAACAAUGACGAUAAAGUAGUUAUUAUUGAGAUGAAUGACGGAGACUCUCAGGAAUCAAAGUUAACCAGUAAAAGUGGCAAGAUUGUGGAAAACAGCUUUUCAACAUCAUCUUCAACAGAAAGUGCGCCUAAAAUAACAACAUCAACUCAAAGUCCAGAAAAUAAAGAGGAUCUUGAAGCACUUAAUUGUUGCCAUCUAGGUCAUUUAGCUGGAAAUCGAGGUUAUCACUGUCAUGUUGGCUUUUACUCUGCUCGAAUAAUGCGUAGAAAUGAGAAUCGAGCUCAUAAUAAGAAACUUUACUUCAAUGGUAAACAUCGGGAUGGACUUUAUGGAACCGAAACCAUGAGACGAUUUGAAUAUUGUAUUGAAUCUCGAAGCAACAUGUUCCAUAAAUGCUGCAAAAUUGCCUCCAGAUUUCAUAGACACGGACCGAGAUACGAUACAGCCAAAAGGUUACAUUCUGGUUAAACUGUGGACAAAAAGAAACGAUAAUUAGUCAUAUUUGUAUCAUCACAUUGUUAUUGAGUAAGGCAACUUUAUAUGAAUGAUUAAAUAUAAUAAUAAUUUUGUUCAGUAAUCGUUGAAACAAUCAUGCUUAUGUACACACCAUAGUUACCUUAAAUUGAUUAGUGGGAGAUAAACCAUAUUUUUGCAUCGUGAUAAAUGAUUAAAUUGCCAUAAAAUUGCUUAUUUCAUCGCUGAA